AUGCAGCUCACUGGGCCACUGCUUUGCAUUCUCCUUUGUGUUUUGGAGGCCCAGCUCGGAGGUCUUGGGGGCCAGCAGAAGGGCAAAGUGAAGAAGGUAUUGGGCCACUUCGCUUCUGCUUCAAGCCGGUCGUUGAUGUGUGCCGCCAUUGCCUCGUGGCGGGGAGUACUGGAGCAGACCAAGGCAGACAAAGAGCUGCGGGAGAGGUACGAACAGCAGAUGGCCGAUGCAGAGCGGCAUCUUCUCAGCAUGAAGGUAAAUUGCAAAGCGUUGGUCAAGGAGAAGGUCGAGCACAUGGCAAAGCAAAAAGACACUGUUUUACUGCAGCAGUGGCUGGCGCUUUGGCAACGUGAGGUUGGAGCCCCCUCGAUUGAAGGAUGUGCCACAGAGCGUGUCAAGCAAGUCCUUGGCAGGGUGUACAGCACGGCAAAGAAGCAAGCAGACAACGCGUCUCGCGUCAUGACACGCCAAGCGCGGGAACAACAGGCAGCUCUCCUGGGUGAAACUUGGGCUCUGUGGCUCUGCUACGUUUCAGAUUGCCAGAAGGAGCGACUGUUCGAGCGGGAUGUUAAGUGCUUUGAAAUCAGGAUGAAGGAGCAUCUGCGACAGAAAACGCACGAAGCCAAAGCCAUCUUCGAACGGGUGGGCAGUGCAACACGCACUGGCCUUCUCGCUAGCAUUGUCUGGGCUUGGCAGUGCUGCGCCACAGAGGGAAAGAAGCUGCAGAGCAUGCAAACGCAUGUCGAUGCAGCAGAUGAAGAGGCGGAUGGCCUGAAGACACGGCAAAGCACUGCCAUUUGCAAUGCGCAAAGUCGGGCAACAAAGCUAAUGGAUACCGGCCUGGUCGUUAGCGUGCUCAGUGCCUGGUGCAGAGAGACCAAGGAGAACCGCCUUGAAAAGCUCUACACGAACAAAGUGGACAGCAAACGUCGCUUAGCUUCAGCUCUGGGGAACGCUUAG